AUGUCGGAUCCAAUAGCUGAAGUUCCUGAAUCAAUCAGGCUGUUUCGUACGCCUAAAUUGUUCCAUAAGACAUGGGCUGGUACUUUUUAUUGCAAACCCCUGGCAAUUUUUCAACCAACCAAUCUUGAUGAAAUCAAGGAGUUGGUUAAACAAGCUCGUCUUCACAAUAAGACGAUUAUGACCGUAGGGUCGGGUCAUUCUCCCAGUGAUUUGACCAUGACUAAAGAAUGGCUUUGUAACUUGGAUAAGUUUGAUAAAGUAUUAAAACAAGAAGAAUUUUCGGGCCCUCGUACUGAAAAUCCCAAUGAAAAAGAAGUCAAGUUUGUUGAUUUGACCGUGGAAGCUGGUUGUCGUGUUUACCAAUUAAAUGAUUACUUAAAGAAUCAUUCGUUGGCUAUUCAAAAUUUGGGUUCAAUUAGUGAUCAAUCAAUUGCCGGUCUUAUUUCAACCGGGACUCAUGGUUCUUCCCAAUACCAUGGUCUUGUCUCUCAACAAGUUGUAUCCAUUAAUAUAUUGAAUGGUGAUGGUGAAGUCAUCACUUGUAACUCGGUGGAAAAUGAAGAUAUCUUUAGAGCUGCCCUUUUAUCCUUAGGUAAAAUCGGGAUCAUUACUCAUGUUACUUUAAGAACCAUUCCUCGCUAUACUAUCAAAUCUAAACAAGAAAUUAUCAAUUUCUCAACUUUACUCAAUGAAUGGGACUCUAUUUGGUUAGAAGCAGAAUUCAUUCGUAUAUGGUGGUUCCCAUAUACAUCCAAAUGUGUUUGUUGGCGAGCAGUCAAAUCUGAGGAACCUUUAAGUGACCCAAGACCUUCCUGGUAUGGUACUCGCUUAGGUAGAUUCUUCUAUGAAUCUCUUUUAUUCAUUUCGGUUCAUUUGUUUCCUCGUUUCACUCCCUAUGUUGAAAGAUUUAUCUUUAAUCAACAAUAUGGUACCGUUGAAACUCUUGGUAAAGGUGAUAUUGCGGUUCAAAACUCAGUUGAAGGUUUAAAUAUGGAUUGUUUAUUCUCUCAAUUUGUUAAUGAAUGGUCAGCACCUUUAGGUACUUCAAAAGACUUGUUAGUAAAAUUAGAUGAUGCCAUUAGAUCGGCUGCUGCAAAAGGUGAUUUCUUUGUCCAUGCUCCAAUUGAAGUUAGAUGUUCAAACGUUACUAACUCUGAUAAACCUUUUGUUAAUGAUGAUGGUGAAAUAUCUUUAUAUCCACCUCAAUCAUGGCUUGCAACAAGAAAUAGAUUAAGCUCUGGUCCUAUACCUGGUAAUAAUUUAAGACCAUACUUGGAUAACUCUCCUGAUGGAUUACCUUACGUUGAAGAUGUUUCUAAAAUCACAAAUGAUCAAUUGACUCUAUUUGUGAAUGCUACUAUGUACAGACCUUUCCAUACUAAUGUUGAAACCAAAAAAUGGUAUCAAAUAUUUGAAAAUUUAAUGACUGAAGUUGGUGGUAAACCUCAUUGGGCUAAAAAUUUCAUUGGUGUUGAUGGUGAUCAUAAAACUGAUGAAGACUUGAAAGAACAAUUAGCUUAUGGUGGUCGUGAAUUCUAUACCAUGAUUGGUUUCAAUCCAGUUAUGAAAAAAUGGUUUGGUGAAAAUUUAAUCAAAUAUAAUGACGCUAGAAAGAAAUUAGAUCCUCAUGGCGUUUUCUUGAGUGGUAGAGAUUGGGCCGUUAGAAAUGGUAUCUUAAUAGACUAA